AUUCAAGAAAUGCAGCAGAGGAUAAAUCACUUGCAGCAACAACAGUCGCAACAGCAACAGCAAUUCAUGCAACAACAACAGCAGGGGAUGUUCAAUCAGCAGCAGCAGCCUCCUGACGAUGGCAGUAAAGGCAAGAGCAAGAAAGCCUCCAAACCUAAGGCGCCCAAGACUCCGAAGACUCCUAAGGAGCCCAAGCCCAAGAAGGAGACCAAGAGCAAGAAGGAAUCUGCCAAGCCCAAGGAACCCAAGGAGGCCAAGCCAAAGCGGGUUAGACCGUCUCGUCAGCCCCAGGAAAACAAGACAUCAAAAGAUUCAAAGAAAAGCCCUACAGGGAGAAAGUCGCGUGCUAAAAAAGCUGUUACUCCAACUGGGCCAGAUGGAGCACCCUUACCUGUCGACACAGGCACAGGUGCCCCACCGGCUGCCCUAAUGGAUCCAGCAGUUGCACCUCCAGGCACUCCUCUUGACCCUACAAAGGUGAACCCAGUGACAGGUUUACCUUUGAAUGCAGCUACAGCAGCUGCUGCUACCCCCAAGCCCAAGCCUGAGAAGAAGCCCAAGGUGAAGAGUGCGACACCUUCUAAGAAAAAGCCUGCAGCCAAACUCACACUCAAUUUCAAAAAGAAGAGGAAACGAAGAGGGUCAGAAAGCGAUUACUCUGACAUGGAGGAAGGAAAACUCAACUCAUCAUCUAGGGAUGAGGAUGAUGCCAACAAGAGACGAUCAGGACGUAAUACAUCACGGAAGAAGUAUGUUGAUGAGUUGGACUUGAACUUGUCUGAUGAUGAUUCCUUGCUUAUCAAGAAUGCCAAUGGUCCUGGGGGCGGUGACCCUCAGAGUGCAGCAGAUUUGGCUGCUGCUUACACUGGACAGAAUCCAGUCGAAGAUGCUGAAGGAAAUCUUAUUAAACCUAAUUUUGUAUAUGUGGAUCCAAACCUAGAAGAUACCAUGGUUGUACAAUUCAUUCUUGGUAUGCGGAUGGGCACAAGAGAAAUUGAAAGUGACACUGAGGAUGAAAAAGAAAAGGAAGAGGAGGAAAAACAAGAGGGUGAUGAGAAAGAGAAGGAGGGGGAAGAGGAGGAGAAGAAGAAGAAGGAGAAGAAGCCCAAGGGUCCACCAAAGAAGAUCGAGGUUGAAGAAUUCUUUGUGAAAUACCGGUCCUUCUCUUACUUGCACUGCGAGUGGCGCACAGAAGAAGAACUCUUCAAAGGGGACAAACGCAUUAAUGGUAAAAUUAAACGCUACAAGCAGAAGAGAGCCAUGAGCCAGAAUGUUAUGGACUUUUUGGAAGAAGAGGCUUUUAACCCAGAUUAUACAGAAGUGGACAGAAUCCUAGAUGUAACAAUCACAAAUGACCCAACCACAGGAAAGGAAAUCAAGCAUUAUUUGAUCAAGUGGAAGGCUCUUCCUUAUGAAGAUUCCACUUGGGAAUUAGAAGAUGAAGUAGACACCUUGAAAAUUAAAGCUUUCUUGUCGUAUAAAGACCCUCCUCCAAAGGGUGAUUGGAAAAUUAAGAAGCGACCAAAGCCAAGUGAGUGGAAGAAAUUGGAAGAAUCCCCUCUAUACAAAAAUAACAAUUCACUUCGGGAGUAUCAGCUUGAAGGCCUUAACUGGCUGAAUUUCUCUUACUACAACUCACAUAACUGCAUCCUGGCUGAUGAGAUGGGUCUGGGAAAGACUAUCCAGUCACUGUCAUUUAUUGACGCAUGCUACAAAUAUGGGAUACGUGGACCGUACCUGAUUAUUGCACCUCUUUCCACAAUCCCUAAUUGGCAGCGAGAAUUUGAAAGUUGGACCGAUCUCAAUAUCAUUGUUUACCAUGGAUCGCAAGCAAGUCGUAACAUGAUUCUUGAGUAUGAGAUGUACUACAAGGAUGAGAAGGGUCAGCGAAUACCAAAUCUUUACAAGUUCAAUGUCCUUAUUACUACUUUCGAAGUUAUUAUAUCAGAUUGUCUUGAGCUGAAAGAGAUUCACUGGCGUUGCUGUAUCAUUGAUGAGGCACACAGACUGAAAAACAGGAAUUGUAAGCUGUUAGAAGGUCUGCGACUUAUGCACAUGGAGCAUAGAGUGCUGCUCUCAGGAACACCAUUACAGAACAAUGUAACAGAAUUGUUCUCUCUCCUCAACUUCUUGGAACCAGCUCAGUUUGCCUCGCAAGAAACGUUCCUACAAGAUUUUGGGAAGCUGGAAUCUGAAGACCAAGUGAAGAAGCUGCAAGCACUCCUCAAACCUAUGAUGUUGAGAAGAAUGAAAGAAGAUGUAGAGAAAAGUCUUGCACCAAAGGAAGAAACAAUUAUUGAAGUUGAAUUGACAAAUAUACAGAAAAAGUAUUAUAGAGCUAUUCUUGAGAGGAAUUUUGAUUUCCUUGUGAAAGGUGCAACUUAUGCAAAUGUACCAAGUCUGAUGAAUACUAUGAUGGAGCUGCGUAAAUGUUGCCUCCACCCAUAUCUCCUCAAUGGUGCAGAGGAAGCCAUUCAGCAGGAUUAUCGUGACUCCCAUCCAAACCAUCAGCAGGAACAGGACACAUACCACAAUGCACUUAUUCAGUCCUCUGGCAAAAUGGUAUUAACAGAUAAGUUGCUGCCCAAGCUAAGAGAAAAUGGCCACCGGGUCCUUAUUUUCUCUCAGAUGGUCAAGCUGCUGGAUAUUCUUGAAGACUACCUCAUAUUUAGAAAGUAUCCGUAUGAAAGAUUAGAUGGGCGGAUCCGUGGCAACUUGCGUCAAGCUGCCAUUGACCGUUUUUGCAAGCCAGACUCUGAUAGAUUUGUGUUCCUGCUGUGUACCAAAGCUGGAGGUCUAGGUAUCAACCUGACCGCUGCCGAUACUGUGAUAAUUUAUGACAGUGAUUGGAACCCUCAGAAUGACCUGCAAGCCCAGGCACGGUGCCACAGGAUUGGGCAGUCAAAAAGUGUCAAGAUUUAUCGUCUGUUAUGUCGAAACACAUAUGAACGAGAGAUGUUUGAUAAAGCAUCUCGAAAACUAGGUCUUGACAAAGCUGUUUUGCAGUCAAUGAAUAGUGAACAAGGAAAGGCAGCAGCAGGAGGCAACUCCAUGGGCCUUUCUAAGAAAGACAUUGAAGAACUCUUGAAGAAAGGUGCUUAUGGAGCUUUGAUGGAAGAAGACGAUGGGGCUGAUGAUUUUUGUGAAGAGGACAUCGAUCACAUUCUCUCCAGAAGAACGACAGUUAUUCAACAUGAGAGUGAGAAAGGAUCCUCAUUCUCUAAGGCUUCAUUUUCUGCAUCAUCUAAUCGCUCAGAUAUUGAAUUGGAUGAUCCUGAUUUCUGGAAGAAGUGGGCAAAGAAAGCAGAGAUUGAUACAGAUUUAGGAGAUAAAUUGAGAAAGAAAAAUUUGAUAGUGGAAGAACCAAGGCGUAGGUCCCAAAUCCGUCGAUAUGGUCAUGAUGAAUCUGUACUAGACUGCAGUGAUCUUGAAUCCUCUGCAAGUGACUCAGCUGCAGAGAAGGAUAAUGAACCAGAGAUGAUUCCAGAGUUACUCAAAGGACGUGGCCGGGGCCGUGGAAGAGGUCGUGGCAAUAGAGGUAGAGGAGGAAGAGGGAACCGAUCAACAAGAGCCUCAAGAUGGGUGUUUGAUGAAGAGGCAGCUGAAUCAGAUGUUGUGGUGUAUGGCCAGUGGUUACGUUCUGAGUGCUUCAAAGUGGAGAAGGGAUUGUUAAUGUACGGAUGGGGAAGAUGGAAAGAAAUUCUUGUUCACGGAGAUUUCCGUCCAGCGUGGAAGGAAACUGAUGUGAUGGAUUGUGCACGCAUGAUCCUUCUCUUCUGUAUCCGUUACUACCGGGGGGAUGAUAAAAUCAAGGGCUUUAUUUUUGAUUUGAUUGCCCCAACUUCAGAUGGUAAAACUCGUGUCCACCAUAAUCACAUAGGUCUCUCAGCCCCUGUCCCACGUGGCCGCAAAGGUAAAAAAAAGAUCAGGGAAGCAAAGAUGGUGGCAACACACAUGGAAGGAGCUGAUUGGGCCAAGGAAGAGAAGUUUGAUACAGAUGUGUACUUAGAUCAAGGUUACUCUAGACACCUUACUCGUCACUCCAACAAGGUGUUGUUGAGGGUACGCCUCCUCUUCUACAUAAAGCAAGAAAUCAUUGGUGAUUUUGCAAAGCAGAUUGACGAAGGAUGCAAGGCGGAAGACCUGAAUAUUAACCCUCCCCCCACAGAAUUGCCACCUAAACCUUGGUGGGAUCUGGAGGCUGACCGAUCACUACUUGUGGGUGUAUAUAAGCAUGGGUAUGAGCGUUAUAAUGUAAUGAGGAACGACCCUUGUCUCUGCUUUCUUGGUCGCUGCGGCCCUCCUGAUAAAACAGCACUUAUGGCAGAAAUGAACACUACCAUCAAAAGCCAAGUUACUAGUGCUGUAAGUACACCCAAAUUGUCAUCCAGCAUUAGCAUUACUCCCACCAUAUCUAAGCGUCCCAUAGAUACACGGGUAGAUGACGCCACAGGAGCUUCCAAUAAAACUACAACCACCUCCAGUGAUAAGGAUGGAAAACCAGGGCUUGUUAAGCAGUCUGAUUUACCUCCUGGUGUUACCUUACCACCAGGGAUUGAAUUAUAUCGCCCAGCUGAUGCCAAAGUUGAUAAAUGGCUUGAACAGCAUCAAGGACUUUUGGGAGAUUCUUCAAAACAAUCAAAAGAAGUUAAGAGAAGAAAACUAGAUUUUACCUCUAUGGACUGGAGUCAGUUUUCGGGUGAUGAACAUGUAAAUGUAAUUAACACCUCCACCGGACAAAGAAUAAGUGGGCAAGAUGCUCCAAAGUUGAAGAACCUUGCAAAAUGGCUUAUGGAACAUCCCAAUUAUGAUGUUGAUCCACAAUGGGCAGAUAAUAUGAAGGAGAGAUCAAGUAGUCUUGGAUUAUUAUCUGAUUUACAGAAAAGACUUUCUGCCUCGGAAAAGAAACACGCCGCCUCCAUUUUAUCAUCCACAUCUGCCUUCCUUCAUAGUUCCAUGUCCUCCAGCAGCAAUACCUUAACCACUUCCUCCUCCUUGGCUUCGGGUUCCAAUGCCAGCACCACAUCUACCUCGGCUGCUGGAGGAAGCACUAGUACCUCCCUCCCUUCUUACUACUCCACAAAGGGCUUGCCAUUUGAUGCGAAGAGUAUUUUACAGAGCCUGGAUCCAAAGACCUCUCUCACUGCUGCAGCAUUGGCAGGAUUAGACCCAAAAGUCUUAGGUUUUGAUCCUAAACUACUAGGGAGCCUCGAUCCAAAAUCAUUAAGUCUAGACCCAAAGAUGCUACCUCCAUUAGAUGCAAAGUUCCUAGCAACUAUGGGCCUAGACCCAAAAUUUUUGGGAUUAGAUACUAAACAUUACGAAUCAAAGCGUCAUGACAGCAAACAUCACGAUAAACAUGAAAGCAAGUCAGGGCACUCAUCCAGGUCGCAAGAAAGCAAGUCAUCAUUACAUAAUAUUGAUCCCAAGUUAUUAGGUUUAGAUCCAAAAGUAUUAGCAGGAUUGGAUGCUAAGACUUUAGCUGCCCUGGACCCAAAAGUACUUGCAAGUAGUUUAGCAGGAUUAGACCCUAAAGCGUUGGGAGGUCUUGAUCCUAAAGCUCUGGCAGGACUUGAUCCCAAAGUUAUGGGUGGUCUUGAUCCCAAAGCUCUAGCAGGAUUUGACCAAAAAGCUUUAGCAAGUCUACUUGACCCAAAGUUAUUAGCAGGACUAGAUCCUAAAUUCCUUGAUCCAAAGGUACUAUCAGCUCUGGACCCAAAAUUCCUUUCAGGAUUGGACCCUAAAGUAUUAGCAGGAAUUGAUCCCAAGUUAUUAUCAGGUCUAGAUCCAAAGACACUUGCUAGCCUAGAUUCUAAACUAACUGGUUUUGAUCCCAAAUUGUUAGGUCUAGAUCCCAAAAUGUUUGGGGGCAUUGACCCCAAACUGUUAGCCAAUUUGGACCCGAAGCUCCCAGGAGGAUUAGAUCCCAAGACACUUGGGGGUAUUGAUCCGAAGUUAUUAGCCAAUAUGAGUAUGGAUCCAACCAUGAUGAUGAUGGCUGGCUUUGGUGGCUUGCCAGCAAUGGCUGGACUAGGAAUGGGCAAUCCUUUGUUAGGUGGACUAGCUGGGUUUGGAUUACCUGGUUUGCCCAAUUUGAAUGAUUUAGCCUCAACCUCAAAAUCUAAGGACCAUAGAAAUGCAGCAGCGAGUUCUGCAGCCAGUUUAUCAUUUCCAAGCAUGUUCCCAGGAGUUAGCACUGCAGGCCUGAUGUACCCACCUUUGGGACUUGGUGGGUUAGGUUCCUUCCAGUUACCAUCAAUGUCUUCUGCAGCAUCUAGUGCUUUAUUGAAUGGUAUCCCUACAAGCAUAAUGUCCACAGCAGGUUCUUCUCGCCAUGCCAACCAGACUUCUACCACAAUCAGUAGCAGCAGCAGCAAGUGGCGUGAUGACCAUAGAAAAUCUCGCGAAGCAAGGGAUGAUCAUCGUAGUAGGGCAGAGAAGCAAGAACCAUCAGAUGAAGUAGAACGGGGCCUUAGUGUGCGUAAAGAAAGAUUGAAGGAACAAUCUGGACUGUCAAAAGAGGAACGUUAUUUACUGAAACAAAUGAAAGCAGAAAGAUUGGCUCGUGAGAUUGAAGCUCAGGGAGGGCAAGACCCCUAUGCAGCACACUUAGAUUUGUCAUUGCAUAAAAAUCAGGACAUUCAUAGAAAUGUGAAAGCCCAAGAAGCACCAGAAAACUUGAGCAAGGAAUCUGAUGCUAGCAAGCAUGCAUCUGGGGGGGAAGCCCAAAACUUGAACACAAAGGAAGUGGAAAAUGGUGAAAAAAGUGGCACAAACUCUGAGAAGGAGGAGGAGGAGGAGACGUCAUAGUGCAGUGGUGUCACAUUCUACAAAUCAACAGUUGUAAGCAGUAAUUUAGCCAACAUUGAAAGUAUAAUUGGUAUACUUUAGUAUAAACCUGAGGCGAUAUUUUAGUUAAAAUGUGUGAAUGAAAACUCCAAGUAUGCAAUGUGUGUGACUGUGACAUACUACAACCCCACCCCACCCCCCGUUUUCCAUGCUACCGCUCUUCAUAUACCCACACAUCAAAUAUUCACUUUGACAUUUAACUGUGAUACUGACCUCAUUAUUUAUUCCAUAUUUUGUGCGAAAAUAAUAUAUCAGCUGUCUGAAGGGAACACAUUUCCAUUGACCAUUGAAAAAGCCAAGUUUGAAGUGUGAAAGCAUCUUUAUCUUUUCCAUUAGUGAUGUGUGUCAGGUGUUGUGAUGACGCUGCAACAGUGCAGAAAUGGACGAGAAUGAGCUAAGUUGCCUAGUAUUGAUGAACACAAACUAUUAGUGAUACGCUAAUUUGGAUCUGAAUUGUUCCAAGCUGUUAUGAGAGGAGUGGUGCAUCUGUUUCUUGUGUGUGUGGUCGUGUAACAUUCUAGAAGCUGCUUUAUAUUGUAUAAUUGCUAUUUCACACAUUGAACCUCUCGAAAGUGCUUUAGGAGUCAAGUACAAGAGUGUAGAGAUCUUUCCUUUCAUUAAAAAGAGUUGGAUCUUAACUGCAAUCCCAUGUCUGUGUAUAUAUUAUUAUUAAGACUGAAUAAAAUUGUAAGCAAACUUUUGUAAAAGCUAAAUGUAAACUAAAGUUCACUAAUAUUAAAGGGAACUUGGUGA